CCGUGUCCUGUCAGUGUCAGUCAGACUUCAUCUUGCGGCGUAUCCUGUCGAGUGGCGAGUGCCGUGCAAGCAUUCCCGCGCAGCCAACCAUACGAGCUAUCGGUCGUGCACUCUCAUAUACACGUUGAUAAACACCGUGUAUUUAUUUAUACCAAGUAAUAAAGAUAAUUAGUGAUGAGUAAUGUGCCUGUGUGAGUGCAUUGCAAUGAGAUGGAUUUACGGACGCAGAUGAACGGUGAUCGCGCAACGUCGCAGUGCGGUCUGACGUCGCUGCUGCCGAUGUCUUGUCGAGGACGCGCCGCGGCAUUCGCGCGCGACCUGCACUCGCGUCUGCGGAACCUCGGCGGAGCUCACGACGAAGACUGUGAGAGCAGCUGGCUCACGCGCGAUCAUCCCAACGCACACCGCCCUACCACUUCCACCGGACAACGGGAUUUGGACACAUUUUAUGACUUCGAACUAGAGUGCGAGAGUCCUUCCAGUCCUGUCGACGAAUACGAUCAUCCCUUUCCCGAACGAUCGCCGUCUGAAGACCAAGAGCCUCCAUUCUAUGAUGUUGAAUCUGAACCUGAUCUCAAAGAACAAGCAAAACUCAUGGUACAACAAAACGAUAAAGCAAAGAAUGGAUUCAGAUUUACUACUGCCUUCUACACGGACUGUACACCCGUAAAAAGUCAACCAGUCCCACGAGAGAAUGGUCAUACGGAAAAACGAUUAUAUUCUGCUAUUACUUUCGAAGGUUGUGCGAGGCAGAACAGUCACGAUGAAGUCGACUGCGCAGCAAGAUCUUCAACCACCCUGAAUAGCUUGCCAACAAAUGUCAGCACGACUUUCGACAGUGAUUCGGAGUUCGAAUCUGCUAAAAGCGAUCCCUUCGAACCCGCCGAGGUAUCACAAUUAGAUAAAGUUGUGGAUGAUGUUACGGAAUGUAUAGAAACCUUAUCACUUACGGAAGUAGAAAUUCCUAUCGAUGAAGAAAUAUCUAAUGCUGUAGUCGAAGAUAAAAUCGACGAGCAGCUCAAGGAACCCGAAAUUAUAACCAGUGAAGAUCUAAUAGAAAAAGAUGUAUCGCCUGCACCGGAAAUAGAACCUUCUCUUUUGAGUGCAGAAAUAACUGAUGGAAAAUCACAAGAAACAGAAGACGACAGGCCUCAACGGGUCCGUCGGUGUUCUUCACUGAAAACAGGGAAGACGCCACCCGGAACACCAGGCCGUAAAAAAAUUGUUCGCUUUGCCGACGUGUUAGGUCUCGAUUUAGCAGAUGUGAAAACAUUUAUGGAUGAAAUUCCCGUCAUACCCAAAUCUGCGUACGACGAUCUCACCGGUUGUGACGUACAGAGUUCUCCCCCGGUGAAGACGCCACCGCGUCUCGGCGGCCUCACACUGGUCCCUCUGUUCCAAUUACCUCGAGAUGUCACCGAUAAACUAGAAUCACAAAACGUCUGCCUCGAGAGCGCGCGUGUGUGCGACGGAGUGCACGUCACAGUGUGUGGCUCCGUGCGCGUGCGCAACCUGGACUUCCAUAAAACUGUACAUGUAAGAUACACCAUGAACCGGUGGAAGACCUAUACAGAUUUACAGACGACGUACGUGCAGGGCUCGUGCGACGGAUAUUCGGACCGGUUUCAGUUCGUGUUGUACGCGCCGGCCAUAUCGUCGGGUCAGCGGCUGGAGUUGGCCGUGCGCUUCCAGUGCAAGGGCCAGCAGUUCUGGGACAACAACAGCGGCGCGAACUACUGCUUCGACUGCCUGGCGCUGGGCUCGGCGGGCGCGCUGCCGAGCUCGGCGCCGGCGGGCCCGCUGCACCCCACCGUGGAUUGGCACCCGUCGUUCUACUGAGCGGGCGCGAGUGCGCGUGCGCGUGCGUCCGGUGCGCGCCCGGCCGGUCCGGGCGGCAAGUCCGAGCCUGCGUGGCGGUGCGCGCCCGCUCCGGCGGCGGCCGCCCUUCCCGUCCUCUUCCCGUGGGAACGAGAAGAAGCGCGGGCUCCCGAAUCUUGAGGCUUAACUUUGUAAAGCGUUUUUGUGAUAUAAAGUAGAAUAGUUGUAGAUAUUAUAUUUCGAAGAGUGAGCGACUCGUUCUCUCAGUGCCAUUUGCAAUAACGACAUUUUGAGUAAAUGUAUAUUUAAUCGAAUUAUUUUCGUUUCGUACUGUUACUUGAUAUCGUCCGGCGGGACAAUAACUAAUGUGAUCGGUACGUGACGGCGCGGUGGGACACGGCGGCAGGCAGAGCCGGGGGCAGAAGCAGUGGCGAGGGAGGAGUGAGGAACUGUUGCGCGGUCCGUGUCUUCCCUCCUUGUGUGUACAUAGAUCGAGAGAGAUGAAUUCUGAAUGAUAUUCAUAUUUUAAUACAUUUUUAUUAAACUAGGUAUUAGCCUUAUGUACUAGAUACUUAUACGUGAAGUUAAGAAUGAACAUCACCUAGUUAGUAUGAUUUAUCCACAUUAACAUGUUUAUGAAUGUAGAUGAUAUGCGUAGACUUAUAUUUUUAAACGUGGUGACACUGUAUCAUCUGUUAGAUAAAGGUUCAUAAAUGGUUAACGUAGAAACCAAAACGUCUGAGUGAUCAGGUAUUAAUCGAAAUAUUUGAUAACCCUUUCUAAUGUGUUAAGAUUUAUAAUUAUAUUAUUAUUACGAAUUAUAUAAAUGAACUGUUUUAUUAUAUCGAUGUUAUAAACUGGAUAAAAUAUUAUGUACAUUUUAUAUUUUUAUACUCACAAACGAAAACAUGACAUGUACUUCCUACAUAAGAACUGAUCUAAAUAGUAUCUAAUUGUUGAUUCGGUUUGGAGAUUUUAAACAUGAGACUAUUAGAAAUUAUGGAAUUAAAUUAUUAUUAUUUUUAAGCAAUAUUGUAAUAGUUAUUUAUUAGGCUCACUUUUUCUAUUUUGUAUGUACCUGAAUUCUUAAAAUGUGGCCAUAUUAAUGUUUUAAUAUAGCGCGGUAUCGCUGUCCUACUGAAAUAUUGUUAUUCUUAUUAUUGACUCUGUUUUACUGAAUAACUGUCCACAUAAUAAAUUAAUGUGCAUAAUUA